ACAUUGUUUACAAACAGAAGCUGCUUCCAGUCCGGUAUAGAAAGAUAGCGCGUGACGUGAGCUAAAUGUUAUUUUCCGUUAUUUGUUUUGACUUUUGCCACCAACGAGCUUUCUGCACCAGCAACACGAUGACAAAAAGACAAAAAUGCUCUUCCUGUUAGUUUUGCUUAUUAGCAGCAUAACUCCGUUAGAAACAGUUAGCUAACAGUUAGCUAACUCAGUUAGCUCAACAGUUGCUCUGCAGCAUGGCUGUUUGGUUCAUUUCAACAGGUGUUAGCCAAGGGGAGGUUACUCACCGAUAACUAUCCCGAAGAGAGUUGUUGGUUUAUAUUAUAUCUAUAACGUUAGUUAGCUGUGAUGUCUGUUCAACUAACGUUAACCAUAAACAACGUCUGUUAGCUGAAGUUUGUCACACUUGGUUGUGUGUCAUGCUCGUCGGCUGCGUCCUAUUGAGAUCGACGUGUUCAAAAGUAGUAGGUUUCCAGAGGGUUUUUGCUGUCCGUGAACUAUCAGUUCGGAGGCUGCAUCCCAUAUCUACCGUUCACUGUCAUAACAUCAGCGCGCUGAAGCCAUCUGCACACCGGUUCCGACUGAAGGCACAGUCCUGUCUCUAUCAGCUAACACUGUGUGAUAUGCAGCCGGCUAAUAUACUGUUUGGCAAAGAGACUACUACGGUUACCUCAGAUGGUGAUGAUGAUGAUGAUGAGGGCGGCGGUGGUGAAGGUGUGGUUGGACCAGAGAGUCGGGCAGAAUAUGAGGAGUUUAAGGAGAAGAGGGUGAUUCCGGGUCAGGUGCAUGCAGUCAGCAUGGAGGUCCAUGCAGAUGAGACUGACACUGGAGCUUCCACAGUGUCAGCUCCAUCAGGAUCAAGUGAGAAGAAGGACAAGAGAAAGAUGAGGAGGGAGAGGAGGAAAUUGAUGAAGAAAAAGCUCAAGUCAGCUGAUAGUUCGGACGAUUUAAUGUCAGAGCUUCCGUUUGCUCUGACCAGCCCCACCACAUGGAAGGAGCUAGGAUUUCCUAGCCAAGAGUCAACCCAGCAGAAGAGGAAGAGGAAGAUAGGGGACGCUGUGGGGCGAGCGGACAGUGAAGAGGAUGCAGAGAAGAAGAAAAAAAAGAAGGAGAACCAGCGACCCAACUAUUUUGUCUCCAUCCCCAUCACUAACACACAGAUCAGUUCAGCUGUGAUCGAAGUCCAAGAAGCGGUGCUUCAGCAGGAGCCCCGAUUGGCCAAAGCCAUGAUCCCUAUCCCAACUCUCCACAUCACGCUAUUAGUCACCCAUCUCGCCAAUCAGGAGCAAGUAGAUAUGGCGGCAACCGUGCUGGCUCAGGUUGAGUCGUCAUUGGCCGAGCUGCUGUGUGGGCGGGAUCUAGUGCUGCCCUUCUCAGGGAUCGGUCAUUUCAGGAAGGAGGUGGUGUUUGUUGGGCUGGCCCCCGGACAACACAGACACACACUGGACAGUCUGGCAGAGUUGCUCCGGAGCCGUUUUGUGGAGCAGGGUCUGCAAGUUGACAGUCGUGGGUUUGAACCCCACCUUACCAUUAUGAAGCUGUCCAGAGCGUCGAAACUACGAUCCCAGAGUAUAAAGCGUGUGGACCCAGCCCUCUACUCCAGCUAUACAAACAAGUUUUUUGGAGACCAGACAGUUGAGCAGGUGGACCUUUGUUCCAUGUUGAAAAAGAAGCAACAAGACGGAUAUUACCACACUGAGACUUCACUACAACUUGAUUUGGUUCAGAACCCACUCCAUGCCAGACGCUCAAGUGGGCGUCGCCGGUCUGAGCCAGAUGAGGCGGAGCUGCUGAGGGUCAGCAGGCGACUGGUCGAGGAUGCUGUCAAUCGCGCCUUGCAACAGUACAAACAGGAAACACUUCAAAAUGGUGGUGGGCCUAAUGCCACUGCUGUGCAGCCCCCUGGAAACACUGAGGCAACUGCAACAAAGAUUGACACUACCGCUAACUCCACCACAGACAACAGGAAGUGACAUCAUCAGACUGAGGUACAGGGACUGAAAAACCAGCUGCCCAGAAAACAUCAGGCCUGGCUAACCAGGAGAAGAGUCAGUAAGCCCUGGGCACAAAGCCUGAACUAGCCAACCAGCCCAGUUUGCUGACUAGCUAACCCAGCUAGCCCAGUCAUGCUAGCUACCUGCCCAAUUGCUAGACACUAACUUGACACAGUGCUGGUUAAAUAGAUAAUGUAGCUUGAGUUCUGUGCUCAGUGACCAUCCCAACAGGCCAGCGUUCUGGGCCUGUAAGUUAACUCACUAACUCUGGUGUCCUACAUCUAACAGCAAGGAUAUCGAUAUCGUUACUCAGCUGUCUGUGUUUGCACGUCAAACCCAGAAAACAUACGUGAAGCACUCCUUUAGAGACACAUGUAGGGUUCACUUUGACCUUUCACUCACAAACUGCCCUUUUAGAAUAACAUAAAUCACGUUUUGUAGACAGUUUGUUUUAUUUCCAUCACCUGCACUUGAAAUGGCCCACAGUAUCCUCAAUUUAACUUUGAAGAAAAACUUUCUUUCUCCUUAUCUUCAUUGUUUCAGGUGAAGAAAUUUUUUACUUUUCUUUCAGCGAAUGUUUCUCUCUUCAUUGACAAAAGAUUACUCUUGGUUCAUCUUUGUGGCUGAAGAGGAUAUUUGAAAAGAGCUGGCUUCAAACGUACUAACAUAUGUUGGACUGGGUCUGUGCAAGUUUUUUUGUAAUUUGAAUCGAGUCUGGGUUCAAAGCACUUUCAAUUUAAUUCAGUUUCAGGAAAUGGACCUUGUUUGAACUUCCAGCAUUUCAUUUUACGAUGUCUUCGUUUUUGUCUUCAUUCUAAGCUGUUUAAAGAAGUGAUCUUGAAAGUGAUCUUGCCCCAGCUACGCUUUAAGUAUUACAUAUUACUGUUAAUUAAGUGUCCUGCCUAGGCAGCACUGAGACAAUCAUCAAUUUAAGCUAAAUUCAGUUCUAAGCUCUGAGUUCACUUUUCAAGCUUUUUGAAAGCUUAUCUGGACUCUUAUGUUGUGUCCACAAACACUAUGGGAGCAUACAGGCUGGUAUCCCCUCACAUUUAUCCGCACUAAUAGCACUAACCUUACAAAAUAUGUCAGGUGAAUUGGAGAUACGGGAUUCGGGAUGCUACAAAUACAAUAACACUCCUACAACACACUACAAGUUGCCAAGAAUGCAUUUUUACUUCAUUAAUGCCAAAACCUCCAUUAAUGACCUGAUUGCUUGUCUCAUUGAAAUCUAUUUUACUGGCUAUUAGACACAGGCAUUCAUUUCAUAACUCAGCUUCCUGCCUGAUCGUAUAUAAAUUUUUUGUUCUUUGUUCACAUACUUUAUCAUCAUCAUUUUUUUUCUUCAGUGAAAUGAAUUUGAAGCACCAGAGCACUCACAUGAUUUAUUUUGUCUUUGUCCUUCAAAUCCUUUCAUAAAUUGUUUGGGUUCAGGUCAAUGACACAGAAAGAAUCCUGGCUGUUUGAAGCUCAGUGAGUAUUUAUGCUGAUCAGAGGAGCUUUUAUUUUGUAGUACUGUACAUGGAAGAGCAGCUCUGCUGAUGUUGGGGAGGUUAACUCAGACAGUUGGGGCUGUCAGCUGAAAUCUCUCAGACUCUUAAUUUCAGUGUUUAUCCUUUUAUUUUAUUGAAAAUGAAAUUGGCCUUUCAUGCCCUGUGUUUGCCCCCAAAGCUCGUUCAGAAACACAUGGGCGUCAAUGUGAAGGGAGAUUGUCUGAAUUUUUAAAAAACUUGACUUCUUGGAGAUGAGGUUUUCGAUUGACUGCAAGAUGAUGAUGAUGAUGAUGAUGAAACAGCUAUGAUAAAGAUUUGUUUACUUACUAUCUUAUUUUAUCGUUUUAACUAUUAUUUAUAAUGCUUUGCUGCUGCAGCUGAAUAGCCGGCUUCCCUGUUAGAGAAAUUAAUUUCAUGUGAAAAAAAUGAAAAGUGAUUUCAUUUUGAAGCACUCGCUGCAUUCAAAGGUGAAAAAAGCACAAAAUUAUGAAUUUGCUUUUGUUUGUCUUUGGUUUCACUUUUUAAAGAGCAGGUAAAUAUAUACAUGCUGUUAAAUCCAAUCACCUCUGUUCAAAGUGGCCUUAAGUCACUAAAACAAAUUGAUGUGAGUCUUGUUUUUCUGUAAGUGCUUAAGGUGACAAUGCAUAGGUAACAAUUUUUAGCCAAUGUGGGCGAUGAUGGCUCAUUUCGCUGUGAGAUUUGCCAAAGUCUCUUUCUUAAGUGUCAGCCUGUGUUUAAAGAGUCGGAUCCUUGAGUUAAAUGUCAAAGUCGUCCACUGUGAAACACAAUUCAUGUUAUUUCCAUUAAAAGGCAAAUUCACGCUUGUGUACGUAGACACGAGAGAAAUAGAGACUCCGUUUUUCACCUCAGAUUUUCAGCCAUAUGAGGUUUCUUUCCCUCCAGUGCGAAAAAGGUGGGAGCUAGAAAAUGUGCUCUCAUCCCUGCGAAAGCCACUUUAAGUCCUGUCACUGUGGGCUCAUUGAAAAGUCAAUAGCGAGGUGAAUUCUGUCUUAAGGUGGACUUUGAACGUUUUUCGUUUUGAUCUUUUAUUGUCACCGGAUCCUUAAUCUCCUUAAAAUCCCCUUUAAUACACAAGUUGUCCUGUUGGCCUAUAUGGUUAGUCUGUUCAUGUCUCUGCGUGAGUGUGUGAGAACGAACGUCUGUACAAAUGUGUCUUUUCUGUUUGUCUUUCCAUUUGUCUGUGUGUAUGACUGACUUUGUGGGUGUGUUGUUUGUACUGUGUAUAUAUUGUUCUGUCAUAUUUGAACAAUAAAACAGGAUAUGAGAACCAAA